GAAACGACUUCGUGUUCGUGUAGAAUUUUGGCAGAAGUAAACCUAUUUUCUUUUCAUCUAAUAAUUAAUAAUAUGGUUUUUAUUAACAGAUAAUGGUUUUUGAUAAGUUGCCGUCGGUGAUUUGUAUAGCUUUAUAGUAUUUAAGUGAAAAUUUACCUAGUUUUAAAAAUGGAGGACCUCAAUUUGACAGAAACCGAAAUGAGAUAUUUCGGUGAUUUGUUUUUAUGUUGCGAUGAAGAAUCAAACGGGAAAAUCCCGAUUUUAAAAGCUACUGAGCUUUUCAGAUCAUCAAACAUACAUAACGAUGUAUUAAAACAGAUUCUGGACAUUAGCGUAGCACCGAACAACUCUACAUUGCUUAGUCAUAUGAAUAGAAAACAGUUUUAUUCAGCUUUAAAACUUAUAGCAGCUCAUCAAACAAAUAAGACCUUGAAACCAGAAAUUUUGAUAACACCACUUGAUCUGCCUCUUCCAAGGUUUACAUGGACACUGAAUUCGGAUACAAACUCCGAUUUGAUACAACUGUCAAACUCGCCAAAAGAGCAACAUAUUGUUAAACGAGAGCGAAGCUAUCCUGAACGGCCUCUAGGAGCUUAUGAGCCAAUAACUGUUUCAUCCAACUUGUCUGAUAGUGAUGUUAAUCCAACUCUGACACAUGAUGCCACAGAAGUAUUGAGUACGGAUUCAGAAAUUGAAUCGGAGACCAUGUCACAAAGAUCAGGAUCUAUUGGAAGACGAGUAAAAAGUGGUUCACCAUGGAGUACAGCUAGUGAGAGUCCAACUCCGACCAACAGUGUUGCAGAGAGAGUUCACCCGGUUUGGGAGCACAGUGCUACAGGCAGGGGGGUCUGGCCUGUAAAUACUACAGAAGAACAUACUAGACUACUUGGUACCGAAGAGGAGUCUUCAGACCGGCACUCGUCGGAGGAAGACGGUGAAGGGGAGGGGCAUGACGUGUUCGCCAUCACGGAAGCCCAGGCACGUCACUAUGCAUCUCAGUUCGCUCAGCUCCGACCCGAGAGAGGCCUGCUCUCCGGACAAACCGCUAGGAUGUUUUUCGAGAAAUCUCGCCUCUCCGUGCCCGAUCUGAGAAAAAUCUGGCAACUGGCUGACAUCACCAAAGACGGCAUGCUUACUCUGGAAGAAUUUAGCAUAGCAAUGCAUCUUAUAAUACUUCGGAGAAAUAACAUUCCAGUACCCGAAAUGUUGCCAGCCUGUUUACUACCUAAAGUGGAUUCGCAUUUCGCCCAAAAAUCUGUGACGACUGAUUUAGUUGAUAUAGGAUCCGACAUGUUCAAUUCUGGCACAUCAGCUGAUUUUAAUUUCGCACCUAAACCAGAAGUGAACGAUCCGUACGAAAGUAAACCUUUAAAGAAGUCGGAGGAAAGGCAACCGUCACUCAGCCCGCCGAAACCUGAACAACAAGCCAACAAUAAAGAGUGGACUAAAUUCGUUGAUUCCCCAACGUCGAGCGUUUCGAGUCCAGGUCCAAAACCGGUCAAUUUCGAUUUCCAUAAAUCCGCGCUCGAUAAAGAUCCUAAAAUUUUCCAUCCUGUAGCACUAAGGGUUACACCAGACGGCAAUACAUUACCGCACGACGGCGACUUGCGGUCCAGUACCUCUCCGCGUCGCGACGAAUUCUCGCAUGCGUUCGAACUGACGAGCCCUAAACGUGUUCCACAACCGAACGAUCAACCCAACGGUAGUGAAAUAAAGUCAAUUCAACGACCGCAGCCAAAGAAACCGGUGAAGAGUGCCGGAGUUCUCCCUCCUCCACCCGCCAGGGAGCCAUCAGUUCACGCAGAUGAUGGUCCACAGUCCCUACAAUAUGCACCGAAAAAGGAACCUCCUCCGCCGCCUCCUCCAAGGCCACUUCGUAACCACACACGCUCUAGUUCCCUCGACUUAAAUAGAUUCAAAGGUGCUGCGCCUCCUCCCCAACCUCCGCCCAGAAUGUCACCAUCGGCGACAUCUCCGCAAUCCAAGCGUCUUAUCAACCAGAGAAGCGAAGGUGAGCCCGCGUUUCCUCCCGACGCGUUCACGCCGCGAGAGUACGACGGGGAAGGUUUCGGUUAUAACAGAGAAGACGCUCCGAAAAUGCACGGCGCGUUCGAGGUGUACAGGAAGCCAUCGCGAGAGUCGUCCGAAUCAGACCCGGACGUCAAAUCGCUGCAGGAUCAGAACGCGGUGUUGCACCGUGUGUGUCGCGCCUUAUGCGCCGAACUCGCGGACGUGCAGCGAGAGCGCGAGACGUUGCGGGUGCAACUCGACUCGCAUUCCACACCCGUCUAGUCUUACAUCUUUGCACGGCCUAUCUUUUAGAUCGACACUGACUUACAUCCCAGUGUAACAAAUUAAUUAUAAUAAUAUAAGCGUCGUUAUAGAAACGAUCCAUCUGCGCCUUAUACUCGAGUAAUUGACAUACAAAAAACCUAAUUCAAAACAACCUAAACAUUGCAACUGAAAAAAAAAAGUUCGUUUGCAUACUUUUCCUUUUACUAAGUGUCAUGGCGACACCGUUAAGAUUUGACCGGAGUGAGACUGUUGAUUUGAUUUUUUGUACUACUUGACUUUGAAUUACAAAGAUUUUGUCAAAGCCCUUGGCAAGUCGCCACGUGCCACAACAAUUUAAUGAAUUUUUUUGUAUGAGUAAAACGUGAUUUGCAACGAGUUAACAAACAGUUAUCUUUUUCUACAGUUUUUAUUCUAUGAAAAUCUGUAAUGAAAUGUAUUUUUUUCUAAAUUCUGGCUUUGUAAUGGAGACAUCCAAAUGUUUUGAGCUGUCUUUAGUAUUAAUUCCGCAAAUAUUUGUCGUAGUCUCGUGCAAGAGUUCGACGAGUCAACAUGUCCUGAGAAUGCCUCAUGUAGAGGCGAAACACGUGUCGAAUUAAGAAUAAAGAAUACCCAAAACAUUUGCAUAAUUAUGGAUUUCCUCGAAGUAACGCCUAGUUCGUCUUAGCAUUCAACAUCCCGGGGAAACAAUUUAGUAUUUAUUUUCUAAAGUAUCAUAGCAGACCACUAAUUAUUAAUUAAAACUAUUGCACAUAAUAUGAGUUAUGUAUAAAUAAUAAUAAAUUAGUCAUUCAUCUAUUUUAAAACCAGCCAGUUCAGAGAGAUCUAGAAGUUAGGCAAUAUAUUCUACAUAUGAAUGAGUGUAAAGCUAUUCAAUGUUUUAUCUCUUUUUUUCUUGAUUUUAUCUAAAUAAGGACUGAGAGAGAAAAAACACAUGAUUAGAUCAUUAAUUGAGAGCCUUAUAAUAUUUUAAUUAUCCCUCAUGUAUAGAUAUUGAUGUUCCAUAUGUUUAGGUAAUCUCAUAUUAUUCAUUUAUAUUAAGUUUAUUAUUUAUAUCAUGAGAUAAAAGCUUUAUAACUGUUAAAUGAGCCAAAAGAUUUAUAUUUUAUUCUGUAAUACUGAAAAUAACGAUUUUCAACUAAUGUUAAUUUUUGUUUUUUUUUAUUGGGUGUUUUUGAUAUAUUUGUACAAUUGCUGUAGUGAUGAACAGCCAACUGAUCUAGAACUACCCUCGUAUAAGUUUUUUUUUAUUUAUAAUCGGAUCGUCUAUGGUCUGUAUAUUUUCAGAUUAUACAAAGUUUCAACUGAUUGUAGGUAGAUGAUGUGUUGCUUUAAAAAGUUUGAGUCUGAUUUAAAAACUGUAUGUAUGUAUUUGGACUUUGUCCUGUAUUUUUCUACCCUCUUUCCAAGUUUGUUGCCCUAAUUAUUUGCCAACAACAAUUUUGUGCUGCAAAUUAACUCGUUUACUUUUUUGGAAUGUCAAAAUGGCUAUUAUGGGAUAGUUUGGAGAUAUCUUGAUUGUUUGGGCUGUUCCAAAAAAGAUGUCAGUACCAUCUAGAUCGAAAUUCUGGACUGUGAAAUUGUAUUUAUUUUAGUUUUAGGAAGAACAUAUUGAUACCUCAGUUCAUAAGGAGUCCACCUUCGCACGACACGGCACAAGUUAGGAUCACCCACCAUCUGGAUGUGUGGCGGUCCUCCAUAGUGCGGUUUUCAAGGAGCUUUCUUCCACGUUCUACAAAGCUGUGGAAUGAGCUUCCUUGUGCGGUGUUUCCGGUACCUUCAAAAAAAGCUCGUACACCUCCUGUGAUUCCUCUGUUGUUGCAAGAGAAUGUGGGCGGCGGUGAUCACUUAACACCAGGUGACCCGUAUGCUCGUUUGUCCUCCUAUUCCAUAAAAAAAAUAGUAACAACCCAGAAAAGCGUUCCAAAAGACAUCGACUCGAGUUUCGCUGUUUGGAACGAGAAUAUUCUAGACUUAUGAUGAAAUAUUGCUACUAAACUACAGCCAUUAACGACUUGUUUCUUUGUGAUAAUGGCGGGUUAUCGUUUAUAGGACAAUUCCUCAUACUUAUCUAAAAACUUACUGAAUUUCAGGCUAAGGUUACUUUAGACCCGAGGUAUUGGUAUCUAACAGUAGUUUGUUCGUCAUCGUAGCUAUUGUCAACUAAAAGAAGGUUAUAUAAAGUGCCUUUAUCAAGUUCUUAAUCUCAUAAAUUAUUUUUUGCAUUAUUAUGUUAUUAUUAUUAGUUUAGUGUAAUAUAGAUGGUAGAUCACAUACAUAAAAAUAUAUGUUUGCUUUGAAGUGCGUAAAUUAAUGUAAGCUUAUUUGAAAUCGUAUUGCACAUUUCAUACAUUUAAGACAAAAUAUGGAAAAAUUCCGCCAUUAAACCGGUUGCUAUAUGUUCUAUAAACAAAUAUAACUAGUUCGUAAUGUCAAUGUUCACUCAUAAUACGUUAAAAAAAAGAAAAAAGAGGCUAUUUAUCUAUUUUAUCAUUAACCAGAACAAUCAUAAUCGUUUUUAUUCAAAAUUAAAAAAUAAAUCCAAUUGUAAUAUUAAAAAAGUGGUAAACGUGUCGACAAAUCUACCUCAAAAAAUUAUUAUUAACAAUUAAAGGCGAAUUCAGACACCUCAAAUUAUUUAACCAGUAUCCGGAUAGUUGCUAUAGAAAUUAUUCUAAAUUCUAAUUCAAAUAUUUUUAUUCAAAAUAGGAUGUGACAUCACUUAUUGGAAGUCAAAAACUCUAUUUUUUAAAAAGCGAUAUAAUGGUAAUAUAUUUAGAAUAUACUUUAGGAAUCUUCAAAAUUCGAUAUUAUUGUGAAAUAUUUAAUUUUUAAAGGCCUGGAUACAUAGUUCUUUAACCACAGAGUAUAUGCUCUGUUGUCAAUUUUAGCCAUGAACAAUUAAGUACGUUCCGGCUGUAUGUAAUGAACAUUGAUAAAAAAAUAUUAAAAGUUUUUAAAUAUAUUUAAUUUUACGUAUUCUAUUAUUUUAAAGUACUGAUUAGUAGAUUUUAAUUGGAAUGCUGUCAAUACAACAAAAGGAAGCAUUUAUGUAAAUCAAAUUGAAGAGUACAACUGUAUAAUGUUAUACUAUAUUGUAUAUUUUUUAUAUUUAUUGAUUUUAUUAAGAGGUAGUGUCGCUUUUAUUGCAUUCCUUUUUAUAUUAACGCUCUGUGGAAAGUAUAAAAAUCUUUAAAAAAAUAUUUCGACUUCCCUGUACUUUAUGAAUGUUGUAUAUUAUAUGAAUGUAAAGUGUUGUAUAAAUGUAUUGGUAUAAGUAAAUUAUAUGCGGGAUUGUUAAUAUUGCAGGUGAUGUGACCCGUUGGGAUAGCUGCGAUAUAAUGUAAAGAAUCAUGAUAAUAGUUAGAAUUCAUUUUUUUAAGCUGGCAACACAAUGUAUAAAGUCUCCCCACACUUCCCGACUAUCUAACCUAUAAUUUACUGCAACCGAAGCAUUGUUUAAUUUAUUUUUGAAAUAUAAACCAUGCACAUAAUAUUAAAUUAUUACGAAAUAACAAUGCUUUGAGCAUUGUAUUUAAGUUUAAUCAUGUUUUUUUUUAGAUGUGACAACACAAAGUAAAUAAAAAAACUGGCAAUUUAAUUAGCUUUGGUUGCUAUGGAAAUUGUUUUGAAAAAAAAACAUUUCCACUGUAUAAAAUGAUUGUCUACAAUAUCAAUGUAAAUAUAAUAAAAUGAUUUGUGAUUUGUAAACACGAAGCUUUCUCACACAAUUUAUAUUUCGGUCCAAUUUUUGUAAUAAUAAUUAGUGUGUACAAAUUUUCACCAUUACUUUUACUGUACCUAUGUGUUUUCGUAUACUAUACAGUAAUGCAUAUUUUACUUAUUGUAUGUAGUUAAACUAUGUAAAAUAAAUUAUAUGAAAAACAG